AUGCCCAAGACGCCCAUGGAUAAGGAGGCGAACGCCCACUCCCAGCCCAACAACGGGCUGCUGAGCCUGCGGAAGAGCAGCCAGAUGGACAGCCUGGCGCUCUGCAACACGGUGAGGCGGAAGGAGACAGCCCCUCUGCCAGCCUUGCUGCCUCUCCGCCGGCAGGCAGCGGCACCCGGGCACGCACCCGCAGCUCGGCCAGCAGCAGUUGCGAGCACCUGCUGCAAGCUGCCCACUUUGCCAGCAGCACCCUCUGCAUCUGCUGCCAGGGGCAGGGAAAUGGCCGUCAGCACCACAGCCGGCGGCCACCAGCAGCUUGUCGCCUCUGCUCGGGGCACCUACCCUGCCCAGCGCUCAGCCACGAGGGUGGAGUGCUGGAGGCCUGCCCCGCACAGCCCUGCAGCCGAUGCCGCAGCUGUGAAGGGCACAGCGCAGUGCCUGCUGGGUAGGGUCCAGAGCAAGGAUUUGCCUGUGAGCCAGGGACCCAGCCAGCAGCCGGCAGCCCAGCGCGACCGGGCACACAGCAGAGCCGCGGCGAUGACGGCGAGAACAGACAAGGUCGGGCCGAGCAGCGGGAGCAAGGCCCGCGCAGAUCAGCCCGCGCCUCAUCGCCAUGCACAUGGCAGCACCAGUGCUGCGGGCAGGGCCGCGGCGCCAGCAUGGCCAGGCACUGGCACAGGGACAGGCCACUGGCAACGAGAGGCAGAGCAUGACCUAUCAACGUCGGCAGCAUACAUCAAAUCCUACCUCGACAGCAGGGCCUCGCGGAUGCACCGUGAGGCUGCUGCGGAGUAUCUGGCCACCAUGUCUGUUGAGCUGGAAGGGUGCUGCCUGGGCCGCAGCAGGAACGGUCAGGCCCAGCUCAGCCAAACUAUCAUGCAGCGGCAGCAGGAUGGCCUGGAGGAAAGCGAGUUCCAGCAGCAGGAGGGCGAGAGGCAGCAUUUCCCCCUGACACGGUCGGGGUUGCUCGCUGUCAUGCCAAGGCAGCUGCUGCUGGACAGUUGCCAGCAGCCAGGUGCUGGUACGCACCUGCCUACCUUUACAAAUCCCCCUCUCUCCUUUCAUAUCUGUAAGGCCUAUGCAUUUUUCAAACAGCAAGAGCCAGAGCUGACCUGUGUGGAGCUGCAAAAGGACUCUGCAAGAAAGAAAGAGCUACUGGAAGCCCAUGCCCCUGAAAAGCAGCGGCUGCAGGCGGCAAGAGAUGCAGUCCUGCCUGUGCCUGAGAACAAGCCAAGCAGCUUGGUCAGGAAGCUGGGGUGGGAAUAUGACAUCACCACCUCCAACAGCUGCGUUGACCCUUGGUUCCCAGAGCUCUUCGAGGACACCCACUCUGGUCCCCAGGAGCGGCCUGGCUGCCCCAGCAACAUCGGCACAGAGGCGGCAGGAGAGGCAGCCGGUGACCAGCAGAGCGCAACUCCUGCCCCGGCGGCUGCCAUGGCUGCUGAGCCGGCACCUUCUGCUCUGGCCGGAGAUGCUGAGCAAGAGGGGCACCACACACCUCUCGCUCCCAUGGCACAAGAGGAGGCAAAGGCACCAACUCCUGCCCCGGCGGCUGCCAUGGCUGCUGAGCCGGCACCUUCUGCUCUGGCCGGAGACCCUGAACAAGAGGGGCACCACACACCUCUCGCUCCCAUGGCACAAGAGGAGGCAAAGGCACCAACUCCUGCCCCGGCGGCUGCCAUGGCUGCUGAGCCAGCACCUUCUGCUCUGGAUGGAGAUCCUGAACAAGAAGGGCACCACACGCACCUUGCUCCCAUGGCACAAGACGAAGCAAAGGCACCAGAGCCUGCCCAGGUGGAGAGCCAGGCACCUGCCCCACUCACCAACACAGACUACGAGGCGGCUCUGCUGGACACGGCCCAGCGCAUUGUGAAGGAUGCCGUGGGCAAGGCUGUGGCUGUGAUCCUGGGGCUCAGCCAGCAGCCAGUAGAACAGCAGGCCCUGGCCCAAAGCAUGGGUGCGGCAUGCGAGGAAGGAGAUAAUGUUGCCUCUCCCAUGCCUGGGGACCAUCAAGGAGAGGCCAUCACAGCCCCUGUGUCCCCGGCAGCGAAUGAGGAUGAAGUGGCUUCUGCAUUGCCUCAGAGCCCUGUGGCAGAUGCUGGCACACCCAACCUUUCAGGAGCUGCAGAAGACGAAGGAGACGCAGCAUCUUCUCCCUUGCCUUGGGAAACUUGGCACCAGGAGGAGCCAGUGGCCUUGGCCGAGAAGGAGGCGUGGGAAGACGACAGCGACAACGAGCUGUUGCAAGGAGAGGACAUCACCACCUCCAACAUCUGGGUCAACCCCUUGUUCCCAGAGCUCUUCGAGGACACCCACUCUGGUCCCCAGGAGCGGCCUGGCUGCCCCAGCAGCGUCGGCACAGAGGCGGCAGGAGAGGCAGCCGGUGACCAGCAGAGCGCAACUCCUGCCCCGGCGGCUGCCAUGGCUGCUGAGCCGGCACCUUCUGCUCUGGCCGGAGAUGCUGAGCAAGAGGGGCACCACACGCCCCUCGCUCCCAUGGCACAAGAAGAAGCAAAGGCACCAGAGCCUGCCCAGGUGGAGAGCCAGGCACCUGCCCCACUCACCAACACAGACUACGAGGCGGCUCUGCUGGACACGGCCCAGCGCAUUGUGAAGGAUGCCGUGGGCAAGGCUGUGGCUGUGAUCCUGGGGCUCAGCCAGCAGCCAGUGGAACAGCAGGCCCUGGCCCAAAGCAUGGGUGCGGCAUGCGAGGAAGGAGAUAAUGUUGCCUCUCCCAUGCCUGGGGACCAUCAAGGAGAGGCCAGCACAGCCCCUGUGUCCCCGGCAGCGUACGAACAUGAAGUGGCUUCUGCAUUGCCUCAGAGCCCUGUGGCAGAUGCUGACACAUGCCACGGUUCAUCAGGACCAGACAACGAUGGAGACGCAGCACCUUCUCCCUUGCCUUGGGACCCUCGGCUCCAGCCUGUGCUCUUGCUCUCCCCAUGCAGGUGUCCUCAGAGCACAGGGGUGACGCACAGCCCUCCUGCGGCUGCAGGGACAUGCCCGAGGAUGACCCAGGUACGUCCCCGAGUCAAGCAGCGCCACAAGUAGGGCAGGCCUGGCCCAGCCAUUCUGGCAAGGCCUACCCAGGUCAGGCCGGCAGCACUGUGUGCACGGGGGCUGGCCAUGCCCCUGCCACCCCGCCCUGGGGAAAGCAGGAGCUUGCCCGCUGCCCCCACACGCUCACCUACAGCUCUCCUUCCCCUGCAGGCACCGCGGCUCUCCCGCACCCCCUGCAUCAACAGCAACGGCCCUCGCUCUUCAGGAGGGCGCUCAGGGCUCUGCGCAGGGCUUUCCGCUUCAGCUGCAUCGCGGGACAGCAAGAGAAGCAGCGCCCCGCUGCCAGCGCCCGGCGGGUCCCCGGGCACGGCGUCUGGCCCUGAGCCUGCGAGCGCCCACAGGGAGCGGCACGCAGAGGCACGUGAGCGAUGGCUGCAUGGACGGCACCUCAGGCAUUCAGCUGCUCUGAGGACAUCGUGCUGCCCGCCUCUGCUCGGAUGUGGAUGCUUUCCGAGGCCAAUAAAUAUGAGCGUUUUCCCGCAGUGCUUGACUGUGCCUGCUGCACCUCGGGAGAAAGACGGGUGGAGCAAUGCUGAGACGCAUGCCCUUUCCACGGGGCGGGGAGACCCACCGCUUGUGGCCCUGCAGCAAGGGACAAGCAGCCACCUCACCGCGUGA